GCCUAGCGGCAGCAUGGGUGUCGCACUGUUUGGCGUCGGCGCCAGCUACUUUGAGUGCGUGCGUGCGCUGUGCAAGUGUUUGCGGAACUAAACUACACCUUUCGGAUUAUUGUGCUCUCCUCUUCACAUUCCAUUUUUGAGACAGAUGUCGGCGCUGGUGUGCGAGCGGGCAGCGCGCGACGGCCUGAAGCUGUCGCUGAACCGGUCGCUGUCGGAGCCGGCGGGCAGCAACAAGCGCUGCAAGCUGGACCCGCUGAGCCUGCCCGCGACCCCCAGCCCGUGCGCCGAGGCGCAGCCGCUGCUCGCCAGCGCCGUGCAGAUCGUCUACCCGGACGCCCUCGCCGCGCGCCUCGUCCUCGGCGGCGACAAGCCGCUGGUGGUGCUGGACCUGCGGCCGUUCUUCUCGUUCAACGUGAGCCACGUGCGCGGCGCCGUCAACGUGAACUGCUCUGACCGGUUCAACCGGCGGCGGCUGCAGCACGGCAAGGUGUCGCUGGCGGAGCUGGCCGGCAGCGCCGAGGGCCGGCAGGCGCUGCGCCGGCCGCCGGGGGAGGUGGUCGUCGUGUCGGACGACUGCCCCGACGCAGAGGCCGGCGCGGGCCGCAUCUCGGCCGCCAGCGCGCUGCACCUCGUCGUCAGCAGCCUGCUCGCCGACGGCUGGCAGCCCGUCUACCUUGUCGCGGGCGGCCACAAGGAGUUCCAACGGCGGCACUCUGCGCUGUGCGAGAACGCGCUGCUGUGCGCGGACGGCGACGCGGAGUCGUCGUCUGCGGCAGAGCGCGUGGAGGAAGCGCCCGCGUCGCGCGUGCUGCCUUUCCUCGUGCUGGGCAACGCGCGCGACGCGCAGAACCUCGACUGCCUGCGCCGCCUGGGCGUGACGCGCGUGCUCAACGUGACGCAGCAGCUGCAGCCGCCGCCUGCCGCGCCAGACAUCUCCUACAAGCAGCUGCCCGCCGCCGACUCCACGCACCAGAACAUCAAGCAGUACUUCGAAGAGGCCUUCGACUUCAUCGAGGAGGCGCGCAAGACGGGCACGAGCGUGCUGGUACACUGCCAGGCCGGCAUCUCGCGCUCCGCCACCAUCGCCAUCGCCUACAUCAUGAAGCACAAGCUGCUGAGCAUGGUGGACGCGUACAAGCUGGUCAAGUCGGCCCGGCCCAUCAUCUCGCCCAACCUCAACUUCAUGGGCCAGCUGGUGGAGCUGGAGCAGUGCCUGAGUCAGCGGUCGUCGCCGGCCGCCGCCGCCAAGACGCCGGAGGCGGGCCCCGCCGCGGGGCUGGCCGCGGAGCCCCAAGCAGCAAGUCAGCGUGAUAAAGAGCCAGAACUAAGUGACGGGGAUGAAGAAGAUGAAGCUCUGGACAAUGUUUAUGAAACUGAUGAGGAUGAAUGA